UGAGCAAACAAGUCCUAAAGCUGAAACAAGCUUGGUUGAGAAGACAGAAGAAGAUUAAUCGCGCACUAAGAAUCACGGCUAGCCACCAAAGAGGAGCCGUGGAACCACUCUCUUACACUUUCCGUCUGCGACUGCGAGGAUCUUCAAUCUCGCAGACGCUAUUUCGUUCUCUCCGUCGACCUUUCUAGACUUCUCACAGACUUAGGGUUUCGGUUUGAUCUUUUAUCAUUUCUGAUUCCGUCGUGGAGUACGUAUUACUCUAUCCACAUCAAUGGAGACCGCAUUCGCGAGCGUGGCUGCGAUAACCGAUCAGAGGCAAAAGAUCGAACGGUACAAGAUCAUACUAACAACUGUUCUUGCAUCCAAUGACUUCACACAAGCAACAAAAUUCAUCGACCAUAUUCUGUCCGACGAUGUUCCGUUGGUGGUAUCGCGACAGCUUUUACAAACCUUCGCGCAGGAGCUUGGGAGGCUGGACGCAGAGGCACAGAAGGAAAUUGGGCAUUACAUUCUCAAUCAGAUUCAGCCUCGAGUAGUCUCAUUUGAAGAACAGGUGCUAAUAAUCAGAGAAAAGCUUGCAGACUUAUAUGAGUCUGAACAUCAGUGGUCAAGGGCAGCUCAAAUGCUCGGUGGCAUUGAUCUGGAUUCUGCAAUGAGAGUAAUUGAUGAUAGAUUCAGAUUGUCAAAAUGCGUGAAGAUUGCAAGCCUUUAUCUGGAGGAUGACGAUGCUGUAAAUGCUGAGGCUUUUAUUAAUAAAGCUUCUUUCCUGGUUAGCAACAGUCAAGAUGAAGUAUUGAAUUUACAAUACAAGGCUUGUUAUGCAAGGAUAUUAGACCUAAAGAGGAAGUUCCUGGAAGCAGCUUUACGUUAUUAUGACAUUUCUCAAAUUGAAAAGCGCCAAAUAGGAGAUGAGCUUAUCGAUGAGGAUGCACUGGAGCAAGCCCUUAGUGCUGCUGUAACAUGUACAAUUUUGGCUGCUGCAGGUCCUCAACGUUCUCGUGUUCUUGCCACUUUAUACAAGGAUGAACGGUGCUCCAAGUUGAAGAUUUAUCCCAUCUUGCAGAAGGUCUAUUUGGAGAGGAUAUUGAGGAAACCGGAGAUUGAUGCCUUUGCUGAAGAACUGAAGCCACAUCAGAAAGCUCUUCUACCAGAUAACUUCACUGUUCUGGAUCGCGCUAUGAUUGAGCAUAAUCUUUUGAGCGCGAGCAAACUUUACACAAAUAUAAGAUUUGAUGAAUUGGGCACAUUGUUGGGCAUUCCCCCUAAUAAGGCUGAGAAGAUAGCUUCGAGGAUGAUAUACGAAGAUCGAAUGAGGGGAUCUAUCGAUCAGGUUGAAGCUGUCAUCCAUUUUGAAGAUGAUACUGAAGAAUUGCAACAGUGGGAGCAACAGAUUGUUGGGGUUUGCCAGUCCCUAAACGAUGUGCUGGAUGGCAUGGCAAAGAAAGGGUUGACAAUUCCUGUAUGAAGAAAUUGUUUUGUUAUUAGGGUUUAGGAAGACAGGCAGCAUCCUCUUAACAUUUUGGAAACUUGUAUCUUUCUUCUUCUUCUUCUUCUUCAUAGUAUUAUCAUUCAUGUCUGCUACUGCUGCUGCUGCUUAUUUGAUUGAUCAUUCAUGUACUUCUUCUGACUUUUGAAAUUUUUUAAUGCAUUUUUGUGUAGCCAACCA